UGGGAGCCAAGACCCUUCUUCGAACAUCAACAUAACCUGAAGCGGCAGCAAGUAUUGAGGUGGGUCCUCUACGCUGCAACUGUGGGUUGUUCUCAUAAUCUUGUUUUAGCGGUUGUUGAUUGAUAGUACAAAAAAAUGUCUCCAGCGGCAACUGUUUCGAACGACGUCGAUGGCGACGGCAACAAGAAGGCCAAGAUCCACAAAGUGGUCCCACACGAAGAAUGGGUCCAAGCGCGCAAGGAACUCUUGGAGGCUGAAAAAGAGUUCUCCAAGAAGAAGGCAGAGCUAGCCCAGAAACGUCGUGACAUGCCAUGGGAAGAAGUCAAGGAAGACUACGAGUUUGAAAUGACUGGAGGCAAGGUUGUCAAGUUGUCGGAGCUCUGUCAAGGCGAAGAUGGCACCGUGAUCAUUCAGCAUUUCAUGUUCAAGGGUGGUGACAAUGGAUGCCAUCUCUGCAGCUUCUUCUUGGAUGGCUUCAAUAGCAUCUAUCCCCAUCUCAAGCCGCGCGCCAACUUUUGCGCCGUUGCCCUGGCAUCUCCCGAAGAUCUCGAGAAAGUCGGUAAGAAGAAGGGAUGGAACUUUCAAAUGGUAUCGGCUCGCAAAAACACCUUUCAAAAGGACUAUGGUGUUAACUGGGGGCAAGAUGACGUAGAUAGCGGCUCAGCCCUUUACAACUACGGAAAGCAGCAGUGGAAGUUUGGGACCAUGGCUCCUGGAAUUUCCGUGUUCAAAAAGGCCGACGGCAAGGUUUACCAUACCUACAGUACCUACGCCGCUGGAUUGGCCGAUUUGAACGCUACCUUUGCUCUCUUGGAUAUCACUCCCACCGGCCGCAGCGAGACCGGUGGAUCGAACAACAUGUGGUGGGUGAAGCAGAAAGAGAACUAUUGAGUCGAGUAUCUUGACCCAUAAGGAGAUCAAGUACAUGCAGCGAAAUUGACCUCGUCAUUGAGCUUUUGCCAUUAUUUGGUCUUUCACAUUAACCACUCUAAAGUGAGUCCUCAUUACAUU